CACUCGCCUUGGCCACACAACACACACCCCCCACCUUCCUCUCCAGUCUCCUCUUUUCCCUCGCCUCCCUCUGAAGAUCAUGGCCAGGCCAUCCAAUCGCUCCCCAUCUCCACGCCUGCUUGUGGCAGCUCUCAUGGCAGCGCUUGCGCUUCUCUCGCCGGAUCGAGCCCCCGCAGCGGAAGCGGUGACAUGCUCCAUCAAUGAGCUGAGCCCGUGCCUGUCCGCGAUCACGUCGUCCGCGCCCCCGUCCGCUCUGUGCUGUAGCAAGCUGCGAGAGCAGAGGCCAUGUCUCUGCGGGUACAUCAGGGAUCCGAAUCUCCGACCGUACGCCACCUCUCCCAACGUCAAACGCGUCGCUAGCACCUGCGGCGUCGCGUACCCGACAUGCUAGUGUCCGGAACCUGGGAGCUCCCACGUUCAGACGCCGACGGAAUACGAGGAUAAGAAUGAGCGUGGUAGUAGUCAAGUCACUAGUUAAAUCAGUUGCAAUAAAGAAAGCAGCAAGAUUGCUGGUAACAUCAUAAAGCAACGACAUCAUGAUGUUGCCACGACCUAUAUAGUUGUGCCCUAUUAAGUCGAAGAGAUUUACUCUUAUUCAGUGUUCUACAGCUGCACUUCUCUUGAAAUAUUAUAAUUACCUCUGUCCACCGUCGUAUUAUCAAUGAAAUGACUUCAUCUAAA